CCGUUCUUCUGCAUAAGCCUGGCCUUGGGUCCUUCACCCACAAGCGCCCGCCCAUUGUCAGCCGGCUGUGGUGGUGGUAGCAGCGCGAGCUUCAGGCUGACGGCGCCGCCGAUGGUGGUCACGGCGCAGCUGCUGGCAGCCGCCGUGCACACGCUCACGCUCGUCUGGGUGCUGCACUUCCGCGGGGGCGUCUCGUGGUCGUGGGAGCGGACCUCCGGCUCACUCUUGGUCUACACGGCACCUCCUCUUUUCAUGGUGCUUGGCUUUGUCAUCUGGACCGGAGAAGCCGUGAUGGCGUACAGAAUCAUCCUGGAUCCAACGGCGGCCAAGAAGGCGGUGCACCUGCUGCUGCACCUCGCCGCCCUCGCCUUCGCCGCCGUCGGCCUCUACACCGCCUUCAAGUACCACCACGAUGCCGGCCUCCCCGACCUCCACUCCCUGCAUUCUUGGCUCGGGAUUGCCACCAUAGCGCUCUAUGCUUUUCAGGUUCUUCCCAGGUAAGAUUUGUAGCCCACAAACAGCGACACUUCCGGAAGUCCAUGGGCCAGCCGGAGCCGGGUCAGGCCUAUCAUCAAGCUCGGCCCUAAGAAUCAUGCCCUUUGGCCCAUCUCAGCAGAAAAAGCACUAAAGAAAAUUAUUAAAUAUAUUAACAUAUGUAUAUAUAUAUUCUGCUAGAAUUGAUAUAUUAUUAUAAAAUAAAAAACUUAAUCUUUUGGGCUACUUUCGGUUGUGGGUCAGGCCUGAUCGGUCUGGGCUGGGCUCAGAACUAACUUUUUCAGGCCCAGUCUGGCACACGAACAUGUCUAAUUCAUUCGGAUAUAUACUCCCAGUUCCAUGUUGUUCAAGAGGUUGUAUACUUUAUGCACUUAUUACAAACUGAUUUACUAGUACAAGUGUAUAUAUACUACUAUUGCAAGCACAUAAAACUGGACACAUGACGAAUUCAAGUACACACUAAUCUCUAAAUCGGUAGAAAUGAUAAAUCUGUAUUAUCUAAUAGAAGCCAUGCCAUCAACACUUUCCUUCAGUAAUAUAUAAUUUAGUGGCAUGGACAUACAUAUACUGUGGCUCCAGUGGCUGGUGGCAUUUGUGUACUUUGUGUUCCCCGGGGUUGUGAUGACAAUGAGGGCGGACUACGUGCCAAGGCACAUCUUCUUCGGCAUCGUCAUCUUCCUCAUGGCCAUCUACACCGCCGAGACUGGCCUCGCAAAGUUCAUCUUCCCCGGUAACAGCUACCCAAGCGAAGCGUUCGUCGUCAACUUCACCGGCUUCGCCAUCCUCAUGUUUGGCGUGGUUGUCGUCCUGGCUGUCAUCCUUCCGUCGAGAUACUAGCAAAUGAAGGAUAGCUGAUGGUUUUCUUUUAGGUCAUCUCCAGCAGAUACUCUAAAAAUUCAUCAUCUAUAACACUAUUACAACAUCCCAUAACUUUUCUAUCUCCAACAGCUACUCUAUUUCCUAUCUUCUGUUACUCUCAUCCUCCUUUCGGACCCACGUGUUAGCCUCAGUGAACAGUAAUAAGGAGAGGAGAGAUAGUACCCUAAAUUUGAGGUACCUAGCCCCCUGUCAUAUCACUGUUCAACUGGAUACCGGUGCUGUUGGACAUGGCAGCCGGCCCUCAAAGUACUACUGUAGCAUUGGAUGUCCACAUUACUGUAGCACUGGAUUUCGAUGCUGCUGGAGAUGCCCUUAACCAUUGUUGGCUUUGGAGUGCUG